AUGACUUUAUUAGGCAAAAGAGCCACACUCAAGGGUCACCUAACACGCAUAGAGAAUUAUGUUGAGUCUGUUCGCAAGGAUGAAUCUUCCUUUUCUGCUGCGGACAUAGAAUCCAAUUUAGCUAAAAUUGAUGAUCUCAAAUCUCAGUUAAAUGUGGUGCAUGAGGAGCUAUUAAAUUCGGGACUUGAUGAAGCUAUCGAAAAUGAAGAACACUCAAAGUUAUUGGAUCGUAUUGCUCAAUUACGGCAGUUUCUAGUUGACGCUAUUGAUCGCAAGGCCGACACCAAUUCCGAGCAUGAAGACAAUAACCCAUAUUCCAAUCCUGGAUUUUCUGGUAUUUCAAAUAAAUCCUCCAAUAUUCAAUCGUCUCACAGUUCUUUGGAACAAGCUAUUGCUCUUCUCCUUCAACACCAAGCCCAAUCUGAAGUCAGAACCCAGAACAUGUUUGACCGGCUUACUCAGGCUGUGUCCGUUAAUACCCAACCACAAAAUCGAGAUUUCAAUGCCAAUAAGCCACCCAAACUCCCAACUUUAUCAGUCCCAGAUUUUUCCGGAGAUUACACAGAGUGGAACCAUUUCAAAAGUAUGUUCAUCUCCAUUGUCCACAAUAAUUCACAGUUAUCAGACGUUCAGAAGAUGCAGUACUUGAUGAAUUAUACCAAGGGAAAUGCUGCAAAGCUAAUUGGAAGUCUUUCUCUAUCAGAUGCCAAUUAUAUGGUAGCCUGGGAUAACCUAUCCUCACAAUAUGAAGAUCACUAUUCAGUUGUCCAUCAGCUCAUACAUAAGUUUUUCCAGAUGCCAACAGUUUCCGAUCCCACCCCCGCUGCGUUCACAGAGCUAGUCACCACCUCAAGGUCCAUUCUAAAUGCCCUGGAUGCCAUCCAGAUCACCAGUAGAGAUCCCUGGAUUAUUUAUAUCCUGCUGAGUAAAUUAGAUUCCGAGACCAAAGUCCUUUGGUCCAGAGAAGUCAAUGAUAGUUUGCCCACCUUGCCAGAAUUUAUACAAUUCUUGAAGAGUCGUAUGAAGUCCAUAGAAAAAUGUCCUCCACCAAUCACAAAGCCAAAUCCACAGUUUACCAAGUCAGCCAAUGCUGGCCCAACCAGCAAUAGAUUUCAGAAAGCAUCAGUUCUUGCCAACAUCCAACAAUGCCAAUGCCCUCUAUGCAAUGAGACCCAACACAGGUUGUUCAGAUGCCCCAAAUUCCUCGAUAGUUCCCCCUCAGAUCGUCUUGAGUUUGUUAGAGCAAACAAUAUAUGCCGAAAAUGCCUAACAGAAACCCACCUUACAAAGGAUUGUACGUUUUACACAUGCAGAAAGUGUCAAGGACACUACAGUACUCUGCUACACGAUGCUUUUAAGCCUUCCACCAAUCCUCAGAACCAGCCCAAGUGUCCUGUAAGUGACACAAGUCCAAAGAAUCGUGCCAACCUAACCACCACUGCCCAACAGAAAGAUGUUUCCUUGGUCCAACCAAACGACAAAAUGUCAGAGAAAUCAGAAUUUCCCACCAUUCCUCCAGCAAUAGUUGGCUCAUCCACAUCCUCGCGUUCUACGGUCCGGGUGUUCCUCGAGACAGCAGUUGUGAGGGUGUUGGACAGAUACGGUGUUCCACAACUUUGCAGAGCGCUUUUAGAUACUGACGCACAAGUGAGUCUAAUUUCACAGUCCCUCUUCCAGAAACUCAAACUCCCAAAGUCUCUAUCCGAAGUGUAUAUCGGAACGGUAGUAGAAGGAGGUACUAAGGCCAAGCAUCAGACUUUAUGUCAAGUCCAAGCCAUGGACGACAGUCCAGAUUCUCAGUUCAUGUUAACCUGCCAAAUCGUCCCAUCAGUACUCCAACAAAAACUGCCAAAUUGGAACGUUCAGGCCGAUCAAAUUCCCAUUCCCUCAGAUAUUUCUCUAGCCGAUCCGACCUGGUACGUUCCACAGCCAAUUGAUUUGAUAAUAAGCAACGAGUUUUAUAACGACAUUUAUACCAGUAAGAUUCUACGCUUGGGUCGAGGAUUUCCAGUUCUCAAAGAAAGUUGUUUCGGCUGGUUAAUUUCCGGGCCUCAUACUAGUUCAUCCCCAACUGAUCAAAUUGCCUAUGUCGGGACCACCCUAGCUUCUAUCGAUUCGUCCCUCAAGAAAUUUUGGGAAGUAGAAGAAGUGUCCCCAGAUCACCUCAAAGCUCCAGAUCACGAGACAGUCGAGAAUAUCUUUCAAGAAACCACUACCCGCGAUGGCACGGGACGAUAUAUUGUGCAUAUUCCUUUCUGGCCGAGUGUAACUCGCUUGCACAAUAAUCUUCCCAAUGCCACCAAACAAUUUCUGCUUUUCGAAAAACGCCUAUCUAACAAACCUGGGAUUAAGACCCAAUACCACGCAGCUAUGCAGGAGAAUUUCGAUCUCAAUUUCUUUGAGAAGGUACCACCGGAAGUGAUCAACUCCACCUCCUAUUAUAUGCCACUUCACGCUGUCAUUAAGGAAUCCCCUGUUGGUACCAAGCUACGAAUAGUCAAGAAUGCGAGUUCCAAAUCGCAAACCGGGCUCAGUCUCAACGACGUAGCUAUGAUGGGUCCUAUUGUGCAACCGGACAUUGCCACAAUUCUCCUAAGGUUCCGGGAACAUCCAUAUGCUUUUUGCUGUGACAUACAAAAAAUGUAUCCCCAAGUCUUACUCCAUCCCCCUCACAGAGACUAUCAUCGCAUUUUAUGGCGAUACAAUCCAUCAGAGCCAAUUAGUCAUUACAGAGCCAGAGGUGUUUGCUUCGGUGUAACAACCUCUUCCUAUCUAGCCACCCGAGUGCUCAUAGAUUUAGCAGAAAAGGAACAAGUCCAAUUCCCACUUGCCGCAAAAGCCCUCAAGCAGAAUUUUUAUGUAGACGAUUGUCUCAUUUCCUUUCCAUCCAUUCCGGAAGCUAAAGAAUGUCGGCUACAAUUGACGGAGUUGCUUGCUUCGGCAGGUAUGACCCUUCCCAAAUGGUGUGUCAAUGACCCACAGAUAACUGAUCAUUCCGACCAAAGAGAGAGUUGCGACAUAUUCCCAGAAAAAUCCAAGGCGUUAGGCAUGAUUUGGCUUCCCCAAGAUGACCAGUUCACGUUCAAGCUUACAAAAGAUUUUUCAAAGGCUAACACCAAAAGAGAGGUACUUGCCGUCAUUGCGUCCCUUUACGAUCCCCUAGGGCUGAUAUCCCCUGUCAUUGUAGUAGGGAAGUUGAUCCUACAAGAGAUCUGGAAGGCACAAAUCCCCUGGGACCAACCCAUGUCUUCCGAGAUUAUUACCAAGUGGAAACAGUUUGCCGAAGGUCUAUCUUCCAUUCAUUCCCUUCAUGUUCCACGCUCAGUUUCCGAAUUUAAAUUCCCAAAAUCCAGAGAGUUGCAUGUUUUCUGUGACAGCAGCUCCUUUGCAUAUGGCGCAGUGGCCUAUGUAGUCACUGAGAAUGAGACAGGUGAGCGUAAGGCUCAGUUAUUAAUGGCCAAGUCACGUAUUGCUCCCACUAAGUCAAUAACCAUACCCAAAUUAGAAUUAUGCGCCACAGUUCUAGGUGCCAGACUGAUCAGGAAAAUUCAAGAGUCCCUCUCAUUCAAUGGGUAUUUUCCAUGGACAGAUUCGACGAUUGUCUUAGGACAAAUCAGGUCAAAGCGCGUCAAGUUUGAUGUAUUUACCGCCCACAGAAUUUCUGAGAUCCAUAAGCUAACAGAUUCGUCCAAAUGGCAGCAUGUACCGGGAGGUUCAAAUCCUGCGGAUAUUGUUUCGCGAGGUUUGUUGCCCACAAAGUUGAAAAGUUCACAAUUAUGGUGGACGGGCCCUAAAUUUCUGUUAGGUAAGGCCGAAGAUUGGCCUGAAGACCCUUAUGGUGUCAUGUUCAUUGCCUCCAAUAUUGCCAAUGAGAGUCAAGUCCUACCUUCACAUCCAUUAGAAACAAUCCUCAAUAAAUCCAACAGCUAUGUUAAGGUAAAAAAUAUCUUAGCAUAUGUCCUCAGAUUCCUAACCAAGUCCACGAGGCGUGUUAAAGGUCCUCUCACUCCCACAGAAAUCCAUGCCUCAGAGCACAAGUUAAUAUCUUUUGCACAGUCUCAACACCUGUCCGAAGUGAGAUCAGCCAUUGCUGAUGGUUCUAUGUGGACGGGGAGGAAAUUCAACAAUGUUCGUCAUCUAACACCAUUCAUUGACGAACAGCGAAUCAUCAGAGUGGGAGGAAGACUUGCUAAGUCUCUGCAGGACUACGACGUUAGACAUCCUAUGCUGCUACCUAAGUGUCGACUUUCAACCCUCAUUACCAUGCAAGCACACAAGGACAACAUGCACGCCGGGCCACAGUUACUCCUAGCUACUCUACGCCAGAGAUAUUGGCCAUUAGGAGGAAGAAAUCUUACCCGUCGUGUUACCAGAUCAUGUGUCGUGUGUUGGAAGAAGAGACCCCUCAUUCUAGAACAAAGAAUGGGUGAUCUUCCUCAGGGCAGGAUAGAGCAUGUCGCACCUUUCAAAGUAUGUGGUGUAAACCUAUGCGGACCAGUGCUCACUCGACCAAGCUUCAAAGCGGUACAUCUCGAAGUCGUCGGCAGCCUUACCACAGAGAGUUUUAUCGCAGCCUUGAGAAGAUUCGUUGCCCGCCGCUCCGCCCCUAGUGACAUCUUCAGCGAUAAUGCCACCAAUUUUAAGGGAACCUACAAGCGAGCCAUUCAGAGACUUUCUAAGUUACCAGUUGAGGUACUUUCGACCUCAGAAUCGGCCCCUAGCAUGUUAACGCCAAAAUUGCAUCAAGCAUUUUGA